CACUGCUUGUUCAAUCUGGAGUUAAGUGUCGAUCCAGCAGCAGCCUGGUUCUUCAGUUCUCGGCCAGCUUCGCCAUGGAAAACUUAAUAUGGCUUAGACUGGCGGUUUUGGCCAUUUUAGUGGCCUUAGUUUCCGCAGGAAAUGGUACCACUUCCCUAAUCUGCAAGUCUAACUCCGGGAAUAGGGGCGUGACUUACAUGCACGAAAAGAUCCAUCUACUUCAUCGCCAGAAGCGCUGGCUCACCUUCGAACUGGGAUCUGCUCUAACGGUGACUGCCAAUUGCGGUAAGGCGAUUCUAGAUACGAUACCCAGAGGACUUCUUUGGCUGGCAGAGAUUACCAGUCUUUAUGAACUACCUGCUGCCAUUGAAGAUUGGAUACCCAGGCAUGUAGGCAAGCCGAAGGCGAAGCUUCCGCCUCCACCUCCGCCACCGCCACCUCCUCCACCACCACCUCCUCCACCACCACCAUCUCCACCUGGUGUUCCUGCCAAUCCAGUUUCACUGCCACCACAACCCGUGAUUGUGCCUCUGAAUCCCGCAGAUCCCAUACAGUCCUUCUACUUCGCCUACCCGCAAGGCAUUCCCACGCUGAGUCGCCGCAAAUCCUAUUCGCAGCAGUUGCAGAUGGGAUGUCCAGCCACCCAUCUGGUCAAGGAUAUGUACGGAACCUACUACUGCCGACCAUCGGCGAUGUCCCGUCGUCUGAGAAGGGAACUGGAGAGCCAGGGUAGGAGGGUGAUCAAUGAGGCACAGAAUCCGCACGGCAUGCUCUUCGAUCUGAUAUCCAUAAUGGCCACCAUGUUUAAUUACCAGCCCAACUACUGCGUGAUGCGCACCCUGUGCGAGGCACGUCAUCUGCUGGCUCCGCCGGGCCUAACGCUCUUCCACGACAUCUUCCGCAUCAUGCUGCGCUACGUGCAUCCGGAGAUAGCCCACAAGCCCAAGUAUCGGGAGGCCUUUACUGCCGGCCACUCGCUCCACAAAUGCGCCAGUUUGUAUGGACCACAUUGCCGGCAGAGUUUUUUGCUGCUCAUCAGCGAAAGGUUUCAGGAGAAAUAUGCGAGUUGAUUGAAUGAAAUCGAAAAUAUGGAGAAAACGCCAAUGAAUUUAUCGAAGUGCAAGGCCUCAGCUGACUGUUAUGACACCCUAUAUGGAGUUAAGCGUUGCGUGUUCAAUUUAAUAUAAACUUAAAGUGCAAUAAACGGAAUUGU